GUUGGCUGAAGACUUUUGAUGAUUACUUCAGAGAUCAGACACAGCAUAUUUUAAAUAAUAUGGUUAUAAAACUGCUAGAAGACAACCGGAGGAAAUUUAUGUGGUCUGAGAUUUCUUACUUUUCAAAAUGGUGGGAUGGAAUAGAUAGCCAAAAAAAGGAUGCUGUUAAAAGGUUAAUAAAAGAUGGACAAUUUGAAAUAGUAACAGGAGGAUGGGUCAUGCCUGAUGAAGCCUCUCCUCAUUAUUUUGCUUUAAUCGAUCAACUGAUAGAAGGACAUCAAUGGCUAGAAAAGAACCUCGGAGUAAGACCAAAGUCUGGUUGGGCAGUUGAUCCUUUUGGGCAUUCACCAACAAUGGCCUACCUUCUGAAACGCACAGGGUUUUCCAAUAUGCUUAUACAGAGAGUUCAUUACUCAGUUAAAAAACAUUUUGCAACGCAGAAGACACUAGAAUUUUUUUGGAGACAGAACUGGGAUUUGGGAUCCAGUACAGAUAUCCUUUGUCAUAUGAUGCCUUUCUAUAGCUAUGACAUUCCUCAUACUUGUGGUCCAGAUCCAAAAAUCUGCUGCCAGUUUGAUUUCAAACGUCUCCCUGGAGGAAGAGUAAGCUGUCCAUGGAGAGUUCCACCAGAAGCCAUUCAUACUGGAAAUGUUCAACACAGGGCUUGGAUGAUUUUAGAUCAAUACAGAAAGAAGUCAAAGCUUUUCCGUACUAAAGUUCUGUUGGCUCCACUGGGGGAUGAUUUCCGAUAUGCUGAGAGCUCAGAAUGGGAUCAGCAGUUCCAGAAUUAUCAGAAGCUGUUUGAUUAUAUGAAUUCUCAUCCUGAGUGGCAUGUUAAGGCCCAGUUUGGAACUUUAUCAGAUUACUUUGAAGCUCUGCGCAAAGCAAGCAAUUUGGGUGAGAAGAGCAGCAAUUCAUUUUUUCCUGUUUUAAGUGGAGACUUCUUCACCUAUGCAGACAGAGAUCAUCACUAUUGGAGCGGAUACUUUACAUCACGACCCUUCUAUAAACGACUAGAUAGAGUCCUGGAAUCCUACUUACGGGCAGCAGAAAUCCUCUACUCCUUGGCUUUGGUACAGUCCAGUAAAUCUGAGAAGAUAAGUGUAUUUCCUUCAGUGGAUAACUAUAAAUUGCUGACAGAAGCGAGGAGGAACCUUGGACUCUUUCAGCAUCAUGAUGCUAUUACAGGAACAGCUAAAGAUUGGGUAGUUGUGGAUUAUGGCACGAGGCUUUUCCAUUCAAUAAUGAACUUGAAGAAAGUGAUAAUUGACUCUGCUCAUAUUCUUAUCCUAAAGGAUAAAGUUGCUUAUAAUUAUGACACAUCAACUCCAUUCCUGAAGAUG